AUGAUUUUUAUUGCUGGUUAUAUUUUCUAUCUAUCUAUCUAUCUAUCUAUCUAUCUGAGUAUAUAUUGGUUUGGUUUAUUUUUUGUUUUACGGCAUAUCAACCUCGAUGGGUUUUUUAAUGCCGACAUGAUUUUUAUUGCUGGUUAUAUUUCUAUCUAUCUAUCUAUCUAUCUAUCUAUCUAUCUAUCUAUCUAUCUAUCUAUCUCUGAUAACUUCCCAGACUAUCUAUCUAUCUAUCUAUCUAUCUAUCUAUCUAUCUAUCUAUCUAUCUAUCUAUCUCAGUCUAUUCAUGAUCUAUCUAUCUAUCUAUCUAUCUAUCUAUCUAUCUAUCUAUCUAUCUAUCUAUCUAUCAGUCUGUUGAUAUCUAUAAUUAUAUCUCAAAUUGUUCAUUCUCUCUUUUUUUCUCUCUCUCUCAAUCUCAGUCUGUUCCUAUCUAUCUGUCUAUCCAGUUUUAUUUCUUCACUACUGAACAUAUGUACGAAUGUAAUAGACGUUCUUUUUUUUUUUUAUCACCGCUUCUCUUUCUUUCAUAUAACUAUAAUCCUUUCUAUCAUUUUUUUCUUCUUUUUCCCUUUCGAAUUUCUUUUCCGUCUUCCUCUUCUCUCUGAUUUUCUUUUCUUUUUCAGUUUCUUUUCAUUUUUGUCACGUUUGAAAUUUAUUUAUUUUUUCUUCCUUCUUAUCUUUUCUCCCAUUUUUUUUCUUCUUGCUUUCUUUUGUUCAUUUCCCCGUGUCUUAUCUGUCUUUCUAUUUCUCUGA